AUGCAUGAAUUGAUGAAAUACAUAGAUGUAGAUAAUUAUGGUACGUGUGGCAAUAAUAUUCGCAGUUUACCAGAACAUAUAGUUGAAAUUCAACGUUCGGUCAAUCGAGACUUAAAAGACCGCGGUAGUUACAAUUGGGAAGCAGGAAAGUUAAUAUUAUCAAGUGAAUAUUUAUUCACGAUUGCUAUUGAGAAUAGUCUUAGUUAUGAUUACAUAACGGAAAAAUUAUGGCAUCCAUUGGUGGCUGGAAGUGUGCCUAUUUAUCUUGGUGCACCAAAUGUUGAAGAUUGGUUACCAUGCAAGAGUAACUGUAUUAUUGAUUUAAGAAAAUUUAAAACGCCACAAGAUGCUGCUAUACAUACUAUUUCUCGAUUAUUUACCAGUCGAGCACAUGCCGAUCUCGAUCCGUAA